UACUAUGACAGCAUACAAUUGUAUGAUUAAAAGUUUGCGGUAACACUAUGCAGAAGAAACACAUAAGGUAAUGAUGGUCAGAAGUGCACAUACUUUUGGGCAUAUUGUUAACUUAAUGGCCAUUUUAUUCCUACAAGAUCAAUGAAAUAAAAUAUAAAAUAAAUAUAAUUCAUUUUUAUUUUCCACAAGUUGCCAUUGUUUUCAAAGGAAAAAAUUUUUCCAAUAAAGUUAAAUUUAACUUUAUUGUCGUUGUGCAAAACACGUCAUGUUCAAAGUCAAUGCAAUACAUAUAUACAUUAGAAAUAUUUUAAAUGUUGUAUAUAUAUUCCACGGCGAGAACGACUGAUUUAUUGAUUUGAGUUCUGCUCCCUAUGAUCACGUGGGCACGUAACCCAAUCAAAUAGCAGCUUGCCUCUUCAACGUAUUUACCGUCGAAUGGGGAACUUGGGUUUUGAUUCCGUUAAUUAUUUUUGCGAGGAUGGUUGUGUGUGUCUCUUAUAUUCUUGUGUGAAUAUAAACGCGAGUUUGGUCACCCGCCAUGUCGACAUCAGGAGCCAUAGCAGGAUGCUUUUCUUUAACUGCACCGGAGAGCGAGGAAUCCCAUUUCUCCAUUAGAUCGGGGUUUCUUCAGCAACCGAGGCUACCAUCUUUCCGUACCGGCAGUGGGCUUGCACCGUCCAUAUUCCCUUCAAAACAAGCAGUGUACGGAAAUACUGAAUGGGGCCACAUCUCGGAGCAGCGGGCCAGCGGUGUACACACCGAACCCCAGCCUGCGCACAGUGGAGACCACACACAGUCAUGGCUGAUGGACUCGGUUAGAACUGAACUAUUGACGGUCCCUCACCAAUUCCCGCCAAAUUGGAGGUGCUUGGACUGCGGUUUUUUCUCUAGCUCUCGUACUACACUGAGGCACGAACACUUAACAAGUGGUGCAUGUAGCACGGAUACAGACACUCUUUCCAUCCAGACAGAUAAGGGAGGCAAGAACGAGCAGAAGAGAGGAAUCGACCAAAACACCCCGUGUCCAACUGGCUUCGUGCGGGCUCUACGCGCAAAAAGCGCUGCCUGUACAGUAAGCACCAGAUUCUCGAACUGGAGAAAGAGUUCCUGUUUAAUACGUACCUCACACGCGACCGCAGUGACCGCCAACUACACUGGAGGAGUGCCUAAGAGGUCUCGCACCGCCUACACUCGGCAGCAAGCUCUUGAGCUUGAGAAGGAGUUUCACUUUAACCGCUACCUGACCCGCCGUCGGCGCGUGGAGAUAGCACAUACCAUGUGUCUGUCAGAGCGACAGACUCAGAUGGAACUAACCUACGAGAGACUGCGUAUCUUGGACGACAGCUGUUCAGGAGACAAAAGCCCAAGUGACUCUCACGCCUCUAAGCGUGCACGCACUGCAUACACCAGCACACAGCUAGUUGAGCUUGAGAAAGAAUUUCAUUUUAAUCGCUACCUUUGUCGUCCACGGCGGGUGGAGAUGGCAAAUCUGCUCAAACUGUCUGAACGCCAAAUAAAGAUCUGGUUUCAGAAUCGUCGAAUGAAGUACAAGAAGAAUCAGAAGGGACAGUUUCCAAAUAGUACAAUUUUUCCGACAUCUGGCAGUGUGGCUGGGGGAGGAGGAUACCUAAGCUCAAUACAUUCUAUGGUAAACAGGAUGACAUACAGUGCAUUGUCCCCAACUGCAUAUAGCAAUGCUCAGGGGAACACCUACAACCUAUCUACAUCACAUCCACAAGCCUUAAGCAGUAUGUUUAACAAUUGCCCAUCUUCUCAAAAGACAUACCUGGGGACCCGUUCAGCCACGCCUGAGUGUGACAUGCACCAUUUCCAAGACAACAGUCAAAUGGGCGUGCAAACGCAGGGCAGUAAUGAAUAUGUAGGUGCUAAUGGAACCUAUGUGGAUAGCAUUGGAAGCACUGGGAGCUCGAUUUAUGACCUGCCUCAGCUCCCUGAAGCUGCUCAUGGCAAUAUAGACUACAACACUGCCAUCAGCAUGGGGAUCAACCAUCAUGAGGGAGCACUGGAGCCAGCUCAGUACACAUACUCUGACUUUACCACACCACACUACACUCAGGGAAGAAUUCAAGAUGCAUCUUAACU